AUGGAAAAAGCUUUUCUAACAUUAGGCUUUGUAUUAAUAAUAGGGAGCCUAUACAAUUUAAAUUAUUCUACUUCUGUUGAUUUAAAAUAGAAGUACAAUGAAUAUAAGUUGGCUUACAAUAAAUAAUAUUCUGCCUCUGAAGAUUAAUAUAGAUUUAAAGUUUAUAUGUAAACCCUGGAAGAAAUCAAUUUAAAGAAUUCUAAAUUGGGUAGAUAAGUGUAUGGAGAAACAUAAUUUGCUGAUAUAACAGAUGAAGAAUUCAGAGAACAAUAUUUGACAUUAAAAUAUUAGUUUGAAGAUUAUGAAAAUGAACCAAGAGAGUCUUUUUCACACAUAACAGCUGAUCCUAAAGAGAUUGAUUGGAGAAAUUUGGGAGCGGUAACACCAGUUAAGAAUUAGUUAAAAUGUGGAUCAUGUUGGACAUUUAGUACAACAGGUGUUUUGGAAGGAUUUUUCAAAGUUACAACAGGAGAAUUACCUUCAUUAUCUGAAUAAUAAUUAAUAGAUUGUUCAACAACAGUAGAUUUAAAUUUUGGUUGUAAUGGUGGUAUGCCUUAUAGAGCAUUAAAUUUUGUAAAGAGAAAUGGUAUAACAACAGAGGAAGGUUAUCCCUAUGUAAAUAUUAAUAAUAAUAAUGAUAGGAAGGAGUAUAAGGUUCUGAAUGUUUAGUGAAAGGUGGAGUAUAUAAAGUUAAAGGAUCAAAAGUAUUAGAAAUCUCAGAGUGGGCAUUGUAUCAAGCAUUAUAAAUUUAACCAGUGUCUAUUGGUGUUGAUGCAGGAUAAUGGAAAAAUUAUAAACCAGCUGAUAGAGAGGUUUUUAAUUAUGAUGAAUGUGGAGAUAAUCUUAAUCAUGCAGUUUUAGCAGUAGGAUUUACUUCAACUGCAACAAUAGUAAAGAAUUCUUGGGCUAAUACAUGGGGUUCUUCAGGUUACAUUUAUCUUGAAAGAGGUAAAAAUACUUGUGGACUUUGGAAUACAAUGGUGGUUCCAAUUUGAUUAAUAUUAUAUAAUAAUCGUAUAUUUGGG